AUGAACGCGUGCCUUCUGAGCCGGUUGUCCGCUGGAGUUCGGUGGCAGAGUGCUUUGAGCUGUCGCCAUCUCCGUACUGGUAUUCCCAGCCUAAGUCAGGAACUCGGUGAUGAUGGUCUACCGAAAGACUACAAAAUAAAAACGUUGAAAGCUGGAAGUCGAAGACUCGAUACUUUUGUUAAUCGUGCCAGUGGAAAGAGCAGCUCGCAAGUGGAGAAACUAAUCCUAGGCGGUCGUGUCCGGGUAAACGAGGAUGUCCACACCAAGAAAUCUUACAAUGUAUGUCGAUAUGCAUUUAUAAGUACUUCUUUUCGGCUAUCAUACACUGUGCUGAUUUUUUUUCAGGUAACAAACUAUGAGGUAACCGAAAAAGGCUACGAUAUUCAUAUAAAGUCUUGGAAAAAAUUCCUCGUUGAGAACUGGAGAGGCGGGGGCGCUUGA